CAAGUUCACCCUGGCCCUCUGUAAAACAGCCAAUAGGGACCCUGUAACUAUGCUUCUCGCUUCUGUAACCGCGCCUCUGCCCCUGAAAUCCCAUAAAAAGUCCCCUUUGCCCUCGGUAGGCGCGCAAGUCCUCCGAGAGACUUGGCCCCAGGUACCUGUGCACCUAAUAAAGCCUCUUGCUGUUUGCAUCUGAAAAAAAAAAAAAAAAAGAGGAAAUAGACCCGAGGAAGAUUGGUCACUGUUCAGAGUAACUCUGGACAGGAAGGCUUGACUUCGAAUCUGGCAUCCUGCCGCCUAGUUUAGCGUGCUCAGCAUUAGACCACAACUACCGGACUAUACCGUGACCAACAGGAAGCUCGCAUUUGGCUUCCUCUAGACAUUUACGGCUAUGAGAGGGGUGCCACAAACAUCUACUUCAUCUAAACAGGAGACAAAGCCAGGCAUCGUGGCACACUUGGGAGCCGAGGUGGGAAGCUCACACGUUUGAGCUUGUGGGAACUCCUGAAGAUGGCCAAAGAUGAUUCCACUGUUCGCUGCUUACAGGGCCUGCUGAUUUUUGGACAUGUGAUUGUUGGUAUGUGUGGCAUCGCCCUGACGGCAGAGUGUAUCUUCUUUGUAUCCGACCAACACAGUCUCUACCCACUGCUUGAAGCCACCAACAAUGAUGAUAUCUACGGGGCAGCUUGGAUAGGCAUGUUUGUGGGCAUCUGCCUCUUCUGCUUGUCCGUUCUAGCCAUUGUAGGAAUUAUGAAGUCCAGCAGGAAAAUCCUCUUGGCGUACUUCAUUAUGAUGUUCAUAGUGUAUGGUUUUGAAGUGGCAUCUUGUAUCACAGCAGCGACACAGCGAGACUUUUUCACAACCAACCUCUUCCUGAAGCAGAUGCUGGUGAGGUAUCAAAACAACAGCCCCCCAACCAAUGAUGAUGAGUGGAAAAACGCCGGCGUUACCAAGACCUGGGAUAGGCUCAUGCUGCAGGACCACUGCUGUGGUGUAAAUGGUCCAUCAGACUGGCAGAAAUACACCUCUGCCUUCCGGGAGAAGAAUAACGAUGCUGACUUUCCCUGGCCUCGGCAGUGCUGCGUCAUGAACAAGGUCAUGGAGCCUGUCAACCUGGACGCUUGCAAACUCGGAGUGCCGGGUUAUUACCACAGUCAGGGCUGCUAUGAACUGAUCUCUGGACCAAUGGAUCGGCAUGCCUGGGGAGUUGCCUGGUUUGGAUUUGCCAUCCUCUGCUGGACUUUUUGGGUUCUCCUGGGUACCAUGUUCUACUGGAGCAGAAUUGAAUAUUAAGCACACAGUGUCUCCGCCAUACCUCCCUCCUCGGGUGACUCUGGAUUUGGUGCUGGAACCUGCUGCUUCAUCACAUGCCUUCUGUGUGCUCCAUAGCGACAGAUGCUUUUCUCACUCAAAUGCCAGUUCAGGUGGAAUGGGCUUCCUUUAGACUCUCAGGCUGCUGCAGUCCUCAGCAGAAAUAUUUCUCAUCCUUGGCUAACAUUCUGAAACAUAUUUAUGUACUAUGAGACAGAAAAUUUGGAGAGUGGAGAUGACUCUCAUUCCUGCUCAUGUUUAAGGUGGGGCCACAAUGACAUUCGAGGGAAUCUGCCUUACCAUCAUAAGCUCUGUCUGCAUUUAAUAGCAAACUCAAGAAACAGGGAGCCUGUAUCUCUUACUAUUUUCUUCGACCUUGCAAGGGUUUUGCUUGUCACCGUGUGGACUGGGGGAGGGGGGGAAGGGAAUUGCAGAGCUGCGCCUCUGCUUCUGGUUCUGCCAUGGCUUCUGUCUACACUUGGCGGUGCUCCUGACACACCCACCACCUUUGAAUACUUUUUAUUCUCUGGGAUGAUCCUUGAUUUUCAUUUAAUAAGCGUUUCCGACUUCCUCUCCUGCCCUAUGGAGUGACGUGCAUUUAGCAACUUCAUUCUCGGUUAAUUGAAAGUAUAUAAACGUUAGGGACAUGGACACUGCCCAUUUUACACCAGCUCAGUCUUUGCCCUCAACGGUUUCAACAUGGAGAUCCAAGCCAGCUAUUAGAGCAGGUGAUUUAUAGGAACUUUUGUUUGCUGUCAAAAUAGUUUGAUCCUGCAGGAAGUCCUGACAACUCACCAUUGUUUGCUUAACAAGAGGCCCAUAAAAUAUGCCCACUUCCUCUGAUUUCAACUGGUCCUGCCUGAAUCUAACAAAACAGGGUUUCCAGAAGAAGAGCCCCAACUGUGGGGAUUAAAGCAGAAGAAGUGGGGGACACAUACCCGUGAGUUCCUGCUGGCUGGCGCACUGUCCGGAAGGACAGGAGAUGGCUGGAAUUCUCUCUCUUCCUUUCCUCUCCUGCUACACUGACCUUUGAAGCUAUUGCUCCUGUAUACUUGGAGCCAGCACAUGUGAUACCAGCAGCCCAAGCAUGUUCCUUCUGCAGAGAACACGCCCAGCCCAACCGUGUUCUUUAUGCAGAAAACACACCCAUCACUUAGGAACAGUCAACCCAGGCACUGGAAGUCCCGCCUCACCAGGUCCCUGUAGUUAGGCAGAACCUCGGGGCAGAGGAGCAGUCAGAGAAGAGGAGUGGACUCCCUUGCAGCAGAAGCCCACUUUCUGACCCUGAGCAUAGCUUGCCUCCAGCCUCCUCCGCCUGACUUUGUCUCUUCGGAAGAAGGCAUCUUGGGUACCAGGAUAACACCUGCACUUGGCACAGAGGGUCCUCUGUGGUUCUUAAAAGGAGGGAGAUGUGUGGAAUUAAACUAUCUUUCCCG